UGUUUCUACUCCGGAACCGUUUGACGUGACACAGGUUUGCGAGCGACAUGUGAGAAGUUAGACUGCAUUGUAAAUCGCAUUUAAUAAACAAUUUCUUGUUUAUUUUUUUUUAUUUAUUCAGCAAAACGGAGCGAUUAACACUUCUCUCAGAUCGUUUUAUGAGCUUCGCAGUAUGAAGCGGCUGUAUGUCGGUGGCCUGAGCCACACAAUAUCUCAGAAAGAUCUCCGAGAUCGGUUCGGGAAGUUUGGCGAGGUGUCGGAUGUGGAGAUAAUAACCCGGAAGGAUGAGCACGGAUCUCCCCUGAAGACCUUUGGUUACGUGAAUAUAAAUAUUUCUGAUUCCGAGUACAAAAGAUGCGUCACAGUGUUGAACAAAUCCAAAUGGAAAGGUGGAACAUUACAAAUUGAACUGGCAAAGGAAAGCUUCUUACACAGACUCGCAGAGGAGCGGCAGCAAGCAGCUGAGAAGAUUCAGACACCGAGGAUUGAGGCAAAAGAAAAAAUCGUGGAGUCCUUCAAGGCAGCUGGUGUAGAGAACUUCCACAUGAAAGCAGCUGUUCCAGGAACUGAGAUCCCAGGACAUAAGAAUUGGGUGGUGAGCAAAUUUGGAAGAGUCCUUCCUGUCGUUCAUCUGAAAUGUCAAGGCAAAAACAAGGUCCUGAAGUACGAUCCAUCGAAGCACUGCCACAAUAUCAAGAAAUUUGAGACCGAGGACGGCUUCACUCCAGUGUCCAAACUGACGUGGGAGAUCGAUGGUGGGGAUGAAGAGAUCAGCAAGAGAAGACGAGGCGAGUUCCCACCACAGAAAAAACGUCCCACGGAGACCAAAAAUGAAAGUUUGGACCCAAGCACUAUUCCGUAUUCUAAAACUGCCCCUGAGAAGGGGACGACAGCGCAGAAUAGAGAUGGUGCCCUACAUGUGCUGCAAGGCCGUAAGCCUCGAGCGUGUGUGUUAGACAGCGAUGCUGACUCGGAGGACGAACUCCGGAUACUAGCCGCACAAGAGCUUUCACAAAACCAUAAAACAGUCGCCACAGAAGAUGAAGGAAACCUCGAGGUAGUGGGUGAUGACUUUGUUGUGAAAUCCAGCAUGUUCUGGGGCAGAGGAGAAACCGGCAUGAUUGCACACCUCGGUUUGAAACCUCCAGAGGACGAUGAGGAGUACGACUCGGCUGACACAGAUGAAAUAUUGACGCGGAAUAAAAAUUCAGGCAAAGCCGAGGAUCUGACUGAGACUGGAACAGGCAGUAAUAAGUCUCCUGUAAAGUCCAAGAAGAUCGAUGGGAAGAAGCCGGCAAUCAAAAACGCUCAGACACCUACCGAAUCAGAGUCGGAUACUGACGCCGAAUCAUCAAGUGAAAGCACUGAUUCUAACUAUGAAGCAAUGAUGGGGAACUGCCACAGGUUGAAGCUGUCACUAGCAGAUUUGGAGGAUCUUGUUAAAAAUAUGGAGGAUGAAGAAAGUGGUGACGACUCGAGUGCAGGACCAAGCGAAACGCCCAAACUAUGUUCUGUACAUGAAACCGGGCCUCAGAGAGCGCAGUCAAAAAAGAGCGGCAUAAACCCUGAGGAUAUUUUAGCAUCUCUCUUCGGACCAGAUGAGGACAAAGAGGAGAAAAGGAAAAAAGACAAAAAGUCGUGUCUUCCUGCUUUUGUUGGGACGAAGGACCUUUUUGCUAGCACUGCCAUACCCACUGGACUUAAAAGAGCAGCUGAAAAAGUGAACUCUGAAUUUGGCGAAGAACCUAAAAGACUAAGACGGGGCUUGAACUCACUGGAAGAUAAAGAGUCAUCAAGUGCACAGGUACCUACGCUAAACAAGAAAGACACCAAGGUCAGUAUGGAUCGUUCCAGUGAUGAAAUUGAAAUUACUCCAGAACCAAAGAAGCUUGCUUCUAAACAAAGUUCUUCCCUCAAAGUAAAUGACCGAACACAUUCUGUGCCUAAACAUCGGAAAUCUUUACCCCAGACUAAACACUCAUCCAGUAAUGAAGAGGAGGAAGAGCAAACCAUCCCUUUACAACCCAAAACUUCAAAGGCACAUGAAAUUGCUUCUGAUAGCUCCGGGUGCACUGAAGUAUCCGAGGCGAGCAGCGAUGAAGAAGAGGAGAAAAGUAAUGAACCCGAAGUAGCCUCAAAGCCUACUUGUAAACAGAUUAAUGAAAACACUGCUUCAGGUCCAAAGCCGUUUCAGCAGUCUGUGUUCGACCCAGUGAAGCAGCAGCAGGACAAUCAGAAGCGUCUCGCUGCUGUGGAACAGAGGUGGAGAGAGGCCGAGCAACAGAAGCAGCUUAUACAGGGUGCUCUCUCGAAAGUGGAUUUGCCAAAUGCAAACAAAGGCAAACAUAUUGUAUUCGAUUCUGAUGAUGAAGAUAAUAACGACAGUGAAAACACGGCGCCCCAAAAAGCGAGCCUUUUUGAUGAAGAUUCUGAUGAAGAUGAUGGCUCAGGAUCUGAGGAAUUGAAAAAGGCAGGAGGCAGCAAACUGUUCGACAGAAGUGAGGAUGAGGAUGAUGGCACUGAGGAAGAUCGCUUCAAGAUAAAGCCUCAGUUUGAAGGCAGAGCUGGACAGAAGCUCAUGGAGUUGCAGUCCAGAUUUGGAGCUGAUCCAAGAUUUCAGAUGGAUGCCAAGUUUCUUGAAAGUGAUUAUGACGAACAGGAGCAAGAUAUGGAACCCCUGCAAACGGCAGGAGAACAGGAGCUUGUUGAAGAGAAGAUGAAAAACCUGUCCAUCCUGCAAAGUGUCCUCAAUGUCAGCAUUCAGCCAAGGGACACAAAAGGCAAAAUCUUCAAGGACAUUUCAACUCUGCACUACGAUCCAUCAAGUGAGACUCAUGCAGCUUUCGAAACUAAGACGGACCCACCAAAAAAAGAAAGCAAAGCAGCAAGGCGAAAGAAACGCGACGAGGCCAAGAGGCUUCCGGAAGUUUCUAAGGACAUCUACUAUGAUGUUACUACAGAUCUAAAAGAGGCAUUUGGGACAGUGAAAGAAAUCCAGAAUGAAAAGAAGGAAGUUUCAUGGGACCAAGAUGAUGAUGAUGAUGAUGAUGAUGAUGAUGAUGAUGAUGAUGAUGAUGAGAACAAGGAUGAAGCACCAGAAGAAGCCGUGCCUGCGUUUUCAUUUUCAUCUAAUCAAGAACCAGAGCCAUCAAGUGGAUUUCAGUUCUCUUUCUUUGGAAAUGAUGAAAUAACAAAGACCCCUACAACAGAUGAAUACAAAGUUGAGACUAUAAAAGGGGCCAAAGUGCCUUGGCAAGCAGACCCUCGAUUCCAGGACAGCAGUUCGGAGGAGGAGGAGGACGUGGAGGAAGAGAAAGAAGAAAAGGAAGAGGCUGCGUUGGUCACUACAACUGAACAGCCGGCACCGACGAAAAAGUUUUUCUUCUUCACUGAUGAUGACAUCCGGUUGAAGGAGGGCCCCAGUAUGUUCUGCAGACGUGAGAAACUGGAGGAUCAGAGAGAAGCAUGGGAGGGGAAGAGGAAAGAACUCCGAGAGGAGUACCGCAAGAAACACAAAGAUGCCAAAAGACAAAUCAAGAUGACGACAAAAACCUGAACCACAACGACAACAAUGCCUUAUAUUGCUUAAUUAAAGAGUUUUAUUAUCCUAGUUUUUUCAUAUCACAGAAACGAAGAAUAUUCCCAGUUUCCUUUCCCUGCCGUAAUUUAAUCCCUCAACAUGCUCAACAUAUUUGUGAAUUAAAACCUGUGUAAAUAAAUUUUUCACAAGC